UAAAGCCAAGCAUUUCAUCUGUAAGAAGAGGAUUUAAAUUUCUAAAUGGAGCAAAUCCAAUUAGAAUUAAGAAAAUGCAUAUAUUAAACUCGAUGUCUCUGUUUGAUAUUAUUGCUGCAUUGAUCAAACCUUUCAUAAAGCCAAAAGUUUUCCAGAGGAUUCAACUUCAUCAUGGAAAUAUGGAUUAUGAAAAGUUUUACGAGAAUGAGAUUCCAAAAAGUCACUUACCAAAGGAGUAUGGAGGAACUUUAGGUACACUUGAUGAACUUCAAGCUGAAACUACAAAAAAAUUAAUGGACUUGAGAGAUUAUUUCAUAUUAGAGGAGAAGCAGAGAGAGUUGGAGUUUGAAGAUUACAUUCGGAAGCAUCCAAAAGAUGUGAAAUGUCAUGAUUAA